AUGGCCGAUAUCGAGAUUACCCUCGCUUCUUGGAAGCUGGUCGAGGUUGGCCGCCUCGUCCUGAUCCGCCGCGGCCCCUUCGCUGGCAAGCUCGCUGCCAUCGUUGAGAUUGUCGACCACCGCCGUGUCCUGGUCGACGGUCCCUCCGGUGAGGCCCAGAAGAUCGUGCCCCGUCACGUCCCUCCCCUCGCUCACGCCACUCUCACUCCCUUCACCAUCCCCCAACUUCCCCGCGCUGCCGGUACUGGCCCCGUCAAGAAGCUGUGGGCCAAGAACGAGAUCGAUGGCAAGUGGGCCAAGAGCUCCUUCGCCCAGAAGACCGACAAGGCUGAGCGCCGCAAGAACCUGACCGACUUUGAGCGCUUCAAGGUUCUGCGUCUGCGCAAGCAGGCCCGCUACGAGGUCCAGAAGUCCCACGCCAAGGUCCGGGCUGCCCAAUAG